AUGGAGAAGUACGAAAUAAGAAAUAUAAGAGAUAUGCCGGGCGGGAAAUUAUUUGAUAGACCGAUCAAUACCCUUUCUCCUUUAGAAAUAACUGAAGGAAAUUCAAAAACUUCAUCAACAACAAAGAACCUGAACAAUCAGAAGAGCCAAUCGCCGCACGAAUCAAAAAAUUCACAAAAGGACGAAUUCAUCAA